AUGCCACGAAUACCUCUCGCCCCGCUCGCCUCCCUCACGCAAACCCGCUAUGUCAUCCAUCUGACGACCGGCAAACGCCUCGUGCUGUUCCGCCUUCCCACCAUCGAGCCAUCCGCCACCUCCCCCACACCGAAGAACGAAGCCGAGGGAUGGUCCUACUACGCCAUGGAGGCGGAGUGUCCGCACGCCGGCGGCCCGAUGCAGGACUCAUCAAUCGACAUCGAAGAUUCCGCCUACGUGGCCUCCUGCCCGUGGCAUGCGUACGACUUCAACGUGGAGACCGGGGAGUCGAGUGUUGGGAUCAAGGCGUGCACGUUCGCCGUAGAUGUGCGGGGCGCGGUGGAAUUCGGGGAUCAGGUGAUACUGGAAUACCCAGAGGAUGGAGUGGGCUUGGUCAAAAUGGAGGCUGUCAGUGAGAGGAUCAAGCUGAAGACGGAGACGGCUGCUUCUCCUCAACAAACAACAGAAAAUGACGCUACCCCCUCUGGCCCGGUGGUCUACCUGGACGACAAGGCGACCGUGUGUGACUGGUGCGCGCACAUUCUCAACACCUCGAACCCGGAGCACAAGAUCGAGCUGACGGCGCACCUGUUUUCUAACUUCACGGCGCGCGAAGGCACGAGCGACCAAAUGGAGAUUGGCGACGGCAGCGGCGUGACACUCCCGGCGAUCCCGCCCCGCGAUGGCCUCGUCGACAUCAAGCCGGGCCAGAUGCCUCGCGCGGGACGCGGUGGCACGCAGAAGAGCCGCAUCAUGAUGCUGCACGCGUUGGCGAACAUCGAGCAGUGGGCGAUCGAUCUAGCGAUAGACAUUUGCGUGCGGUUCGCGGCGUUCCGCACGACGACCGCGGAACCGCGGGGUCUGCCGCGCGCGUUCUUCCACGACUGGUUGAAGGUCGCCAACGACGAGGCGAAGCAUUUCUCGCUGUUGCGGACGCGGCUGGAGGAGAUGGGCUCGUAUUUCGGGGCGAUUCCGGUGCAUCAUGGGCUGUGGGAGUCGGCGACGCUGACGGGGCAUGAUCUCCGCGCGCGGAUCAGCAUCAUCGCGUUGGUGCAUGAGGCGCGGGGGCUGGAUGUAAACCCGAUGACGAUCGACAAGUUCCGCAAGGCGGGCGACGAAGAGAGCGUGCAGUCCCUUGAAAUCAUUCACAAUGACGAGAUCACCCAUGUGACGACGGGCCAUCGGUGGUUGACGUGGAUCUGCGGGCAGGAGCAGACGGAUCCAGUGCAGGUGUUCCGGUCGAAUGUGCAGCAGUACUGGGUUGGGGCGCUGCGGGAGCCGUUCAACACCGAGGCGCGCAUGCAGGCCGGGCUGGACGAGCGGUAUUACGGCAAUCUCGUGGGGUAUGGUAGGGCGUGA